ACCAUAUCCACACUCUUCUAGCUUUUGUAUGUUUUCUGCACUACCCCAUUCGAAGACCACGAAGCAAAAGGAACUGAUCAACAAUGGCAGACUUUGAUCCUCUAAAUAACAUUAGUCCCCUGCUUCCAUUACUAGCUUUAUUAUCCCUUUGUCUCCUUCCCUUCAUCUUCUUCCCCAUUUUCCGCCGUCAAAAACAAGCUCCGCCGAGCAAAAACCCGACUCCACAGUCGUACCCUAUAAUUGGAAACCUCCCGGGUUUCCUCCGCAACCGCCACCGUUUCCACGAUUGGGUCGCCGACAUGCUCUCUCAAACGCCAACAUCCACUCUCCAAGUCAACAACUUCCUCAACCUCUCUCGCGGCGUUUGCACCGCUAACCCCGCCAACCUCCACCACCUCCUCGUCGCCAAUUUCCCCAACUACAUCAAAGGCUCUCGGUUCCACGAUUUCCUCCACGACCUCCUCGGCGACGGCAUAUUCGGUAUCGAUGGCCAUCUCUGGACUAUGCAACGUAAGCUCUCGAGUCACGAAUUCAACACCAAAUCACUCAGACAUUUCAUCUCUAACGUCGUAACUUCCCAGCUCGAUCAAAACCUCGUACCGUAUCUCUACACCGCUUGUAACGAAAACCGAAUCAUCGAUCUUCAAGAGAUUUUACAAAGAUUUUCAUUCAUUAACAUUUGUAAAGUCGCGUUUGGUGUAGAUAUUGAAUCUAUGGAUAAUUCAGGUUUCGCUAAAGCUUUCAACGACGCCGUUGAUAUCUGUUCUUCGAGAUUCUUCGCUCCGAUUCCCGCCGUUUGGAGAAUCAAGAGAUCGUUGAACAUCGGAUCGGAGAAAAAAUUGAAAGAAUCAAUCAAAAUAAUCGAUGAUUUCGCUUUUGAAAUCAUCAAAUCAAAAGCAAAACAAGAACAAUACGACAGAAUCUAUCCCGAUUGGAGAAAUCAAGAUCUGUUAUCGAGAUUCAUGGCGAAAACGUCAUCGGAGAUAGAAUUCGACGACGAAGCAAAGAAGAGAAAGUUCUUACGAGAUAUAAUCAUAAGCUUCAUCCUGGCCGGUAAAGAUUCAACGUCGACGGCGUUGACUUGGUUUUUCUGGUUAAUCAACGGCCACCCAGAUUGCGACCGUUUGAUUCUUAACGAAGUAACAACACUAGAUCCUACUUUCACAUACGAUGAUUUAAAGAGUUUGAAUUACCUACAUGCGGCUCUAUCGGAAUCGCUACGGUUGUUUCCUCCGGUACCAAUCAAUUCAAGAUUAACGGUGAGUGAUGAUGUUUGGCCUGAUGGUACCCGCGUGUCAAAAGGUUGGUUCGCUGAUUAUUCUGCUUACGCUAUGGGGAGGAUGGAGAAAGUGUGGGGCCCUGACUGUAGAGAAUUUAAACCCGAAAGAUGGUUGCCCGGGGGUGAUGGCGUUUUUAAGCCGUCUGAUCAGUUUAAAUUUCCGGCGUUUCAUUGUGGGCCCAGGACGUGUUUGGGUAAAGAUAUGGCUUUUGUACAGAUGAAGACGAUCGUAGUGGCUUUGAUGCGUGAAUUCGAGAUCAUAGCGGUUGAUGGUGGUGCGAGUGCAGAGAAAAUGAUGGACCCUCCUUACACUUUAUCACUUCUUUUGAAAAUGAGAGGUGGCUUUCUUGUUAGAUUAAAGAAAAGGGGGUUUAAUCCGAAUUAAUCCGAUGUCGUAUUGUAAAAAUUUUAAAUUUAGAUUAUUGUAAUUAUAUUAAUAUUUUUCGUAUUGAAUUUUAUAUUAUGUAUCUUUCGUAA